AGCGCGGUUCGCCCGGUGUAUGCUUUAAUAUGUAUGAUGUGAUGCAUGUGAUGCUUGAUCAAUAAAUAAAAUCAGAUCAUCCAACCAGAGUUGUAAAUUGUUACAAUUGGAAUUUAUUCCUACCAGAAAUAAUUUAACUGUAGGGCAAGAUGCAAAGCACAACUAUAGUUAAAUGAAAUAUGGAUCUGGCCCAAUUAAGAAUUUUAUUUAAAAGAAUCCACCGAACCAAGAGUUGUAAUAACGAUUGCAAUUGGAAUGAAUUCCUACCUAAAUAACUUGACUGUAGGGCAAGAUGCAAAGCACAACUAUAGUUAAGUAAAAUAUGGAUCUUGGCCCGCUAGGGUAUUCUUCAAAUAGAAACCCCAAGUCAAUAGGUUCCGUACCUGAGGGUAAUUGACUUGUUAGAAAUAGUGGGAGAGUAUUUAAUAAAGACCUAUUAAAUACUUAAUUCAUGAUAAUAACUAUCUUCGUAAAAUUCUGUAGAUGGCAAACAACAACAACACAAACAACCUCGCCCUGCGUUCCAUUCUGGAUAAAGAUAAAUUGAAUGGAACAAACUUUGUUGACUGGCAACGCAAUCUCUCCAUUGUUCUCCGCAUGGAUGAGAAAGAGUAUGUGCUCGAAAAGCCCAUUCCUCCUGCCCCUCUCGCUAACGCCCUGAAAGUGGUUAAAGAUGCCUACGAGAAACACGUUAAGGAUGAUAACCAGGUUAGCUGUGUCAUGCAAGCAACCAUGAUAACCGAGCUGCAAAAACAGCACGAGGACAUGAAGGCCCACGAGAUGAUCGUGGCCUUGCGGCAGCUAUACCAGGGGCAAUCCAGGCAUGAACGUUUUCUUGUGAGUAAGGCUCUCUUUAGUUGCAAGCUCUCUUCAGGGAACCCGGUCGGUCCACACGUUCUCAAAAUGAUUGGUUACAUAACCAAUCUGGAGAAACUCGGGUUCUCCUUGCAGAAGGAGCUGGCAACGGACCUGAUCCUGCAGUCGCUCCUUGGGCUGUAUAAGGGUUUUGUCAUGAACUACAUGAUGCAUGAUCUUGACAAACCCCUUCCGGAGCUUCUUAAAAUGCUCUAGACUGCAGAGGAGAACCUUACUAAGGGCAAGGGUGCUUCCGUCCUUAUGGUCCAAGGCAGAAAGGGGAAGCCGAAGAAAGGGAUUAAGAUUAAGGCUAGGACGGUCGGAAAGCCUAAAUCGAAGUCCACUUCAUCUGCAACCCGAAACCCGUAGGAGGAGUUGCAAAGGGCAAAUGUCAUCACUGUGGUAAGGCAGGCCACUGGAGAAGAAACUGCAAGACAUACCUCGCAACCAAGAAGAAGGAAGGUAUGACCAUUUCUUCUGAGGUGUAUGUUAUAGAAGUUAACAUGUCUAUAUCUUCAUCAUGGGUACUAGAUACUGGAUGUGGGUCUCAUAUCUGUACUACCAUGCAGGGACUGAAGCAGAGUAGACGGUUAGCUCGAGGCGAGAUUGAACUCCGAGUCGGCAAUGGUGCACCU